CCCAGGACCCUGCAUUCACUAUAUCUGGUCUCCCCGGACCCUGCAUUCACUAUAUCUGGUCUCCCCGGACCCUGCAUUCACUAUAUCUGGUCUCCCACAGUUCCUCAAUUCACUAUAUCUGGUCUCCCACAGUACACAGAACAUGGAAAUGCAAUUAAUUUAGUAAAUAUAAACUGCUAAAUACCUUUUCUCAUCAGCAAUUAGAGCAGUCUUGUGACUCCUAUCAGUGUCCAGCAGUGCACUGCUUAAAGUUUGUAAGAGUUUUCAUUCUCCCCU